GAGCGAGGAGCCACCGGCGGAGCCGCAACGGGGUCGGUGCCGAUUUGAUGGGACGGGCCCGCGGGGGAGGAUCGUGAGGCCGCCGCCGCCGCCGGAGCGCUGAGGUUCGGGUCCGGCCGUGAGGCCUAGAGGCUCCGCCGCCGCGGAACCGGAGGGACGCCGUACCGGACAGCCGUCGCCCCGGGCUCCCCGCAGCUCCCCGGACCUCCCCCUGCACGUCCCAGUCCCGCCACCCGCCCCCGCUGCGGCCCCCUUGCCCGUCUCCGGCCCCUCCAAGCCACAGAUCAUCUUCGGAUUCUUCCUCAGAAGCUUCAAGUAGGGAUAUGUCCUCAGCACCAACUACUCCUCCAUCAGUGGAUAAAGUAGACGGAUUUUCUCGGAAGUCCGUCAGAAAAGCCAGACAGAAGAGGUCGCAAAGUUCCUCACAGUUUAGGUCUCAAGGCAAGCCUAUUGAGUUAACACCUCUGCCGCUGCUAAAAGACGUUCCAUCCUCAGAGCAGCCUGAACUGUUCCUAAAGAAACUUCAGCAGUGCUGUGUCAUUUUUGACUUCAUGGACACGCUAUCUGAUCUUAAAAUGAAAGAAUACAAGCGCUCCACUCUUAAUGAACUGGUGGACUACAUUACAAUAAGCAGAGGCUGUUUGACAGAGCAGACUUACCCUGAAGUAGUUAGAAUGGUAUCUUGCAAUAUAUUCAGAACUCUCCCUCCUAGUGACAGCAAUGAAUUUGAUCCAGAAGAAGAUGAACCUACCCUUGAGGCAUCGUGGCCACACUUACAGCUUGUAUAUGAAUUUUUCAUACGAUUUUUGGAAAGCCAAGAAUUCCAACCCAGCAUUGCCAAAAAAUAUAUAGAUCAGAAAUUUGUAUUACAGCUUCUGGAGCUGUUUGACAGCGAAGACCCUCGGGAACGGGACUACUUAAAAACAGUUUUACACAGAAUUUAUGGCAAGUUUCUUGGUCUUAGAGCAUUUAUCCGAAAACAGAUUAACAAUAUUUUUCUAAGGUUUGUUUAUGAAACAGAACACUUCAAUGGUGUAGCUGAACUGCUGGAAAUAUUAGGAAGUAUUAUCAAUGGCUUUGCUUUACCUCUUAAGGCAGAACACAAACAGUUUCUGGUGAAAGUGUUGAUCCCCUUACACACUGUCAGGAGCUUAUCACUCUUCCAUGCACAGCUGGCAUAUUGUAUAGUACAGUUUCUGGAGAAAGAUCCUUCACUCACAGAACCAGUUAUUAGGGGGUUAAUGAAAUUUUGGCCUAAAACAUGUAGUCAAAAAGAGGUCAUGUUCCUUGGGGAACUGGAAGAAAUAUUGGAUGUGAUUGAACCUUCACAAUUUGUUAAAAUCCAAGAACCUUUGUUUAAGCAAAUUGCCAAGUGUGUAUCUAGCCCCCAUUUUCAGGUGGCAGAAAGAGCACUCUAUUACUGGAAUAAUGAAUACAUCAUGAGUUUGAUAGAAGAAAACUCUAACGUCAUCCUUCCCAUCAUGUUUUCCAGCCUUUAUAGGAUUUCGAAAGAACAUUGGAAUCCGGCUAUUGUGGCGUUAGUGUACAAUGUGUUGAAGGCAUUUAUGGAAAUGAACAGCACCAUGUUUGACGAGCUGACAGCCACAUACAAGUCAGAUCGUCAGCGUGAGAAAAAGAAAGAAAAGGAGCGUGAAGAAUUGUGGAAAAAAUUGGAGGAUCUGGAGUUAAAGAGAGGUCUUAGACGUGAUGGAAUAAUUCCAACUUAACAAAAAUAAUGACAACAAUAUUACUAACCUGUGGAGUCACACAUUUAUGUAGUAGAAGAUGGAGCAACAGUUUUCUGUAUUGUGCAACUUUACAGUAGAUUUCACAUUUGUUUCAUUAUUACAACAGCACUGUAUAUACCUGUCUCUAAGUAAAGGAAAAAAAAAUAAGGACUUCAAUCCAAAGUUUGGACAGUAGAUGGACUUCUCAGAACUUUGCAAAUAUAAUCAUUGUUCUAACCCUCUCUAAAAAACAAAUCGGUCUUCAAAGAUCUGUUGAUGAAAUUGCUAUGUUAAAAUUCCAUUAUCGGGAGUUCCUUAUUUAUCACUAGCAGAGAGUAUGAUACAAUUUUCAAAUGUGAACAAUCUUAAAUUUAGCUUGUCUUUCUGCUAAGCUGUUAAAUGUAUUUAUAGUAAAGGAAAAAAAGACUGUCAUUUCCUUAUAAGUUUGUAUAACAUCCUCCUCUGGAUCACUUGACUGUAAUUUGACAUCUUUUUCUUUUGCACAUCUUCCUGAGUUGAAUGUCCACAUGGAAUGGGGCCAUGAAUUAUAAAGGUCCCUGAUAAAAGUUCUGUUUACUGGGGUGAACAUCUUUCCAGUAACCAGGUAGUCCUGGUACUCCUGUAGUUUUAAAAUUAGGAGUUAAAAGAGAAGAGGUGAUAAACAUAGUAGGAAAGGGAAUUUUGGAUUCACGCAUCAGUUUAUGGUGAAUCCAAGUCAAUGUCUUGAAUCCUUUGAAAACAGGCACUGGGACAUCACAGGCUUCAGUACCUGACCAGUAUUAGUUGCAUAUAUCAUUGAACACACAUACCAGAGAUGUUUCAGAAAUGUGAGAAAAACAUCCUUUUGGACCAUUUGAAAUAAAGACAAACACUGAACAAUAAAUACAACCAUGAAAUUGAUCGCCAGGAUUGCAAAGCUAAUUGGGAAAAGAGUUGAGCAAACAGCUUGGACUGUUUGGAGUUGUUGCCUUACUUUUUAAUAUGUAUUUAUAAAGUAUUCCAGCAAAAGAGGAUGUAGCCUCUGGGAAAAAACAAACAUGUUAACAGUGUUUUUUGUAGAUUCUCGUUCUAUAUCUCAUCACAGUGCCAGCCCUGUUUUUAGCCGGAAAGGAUUCAGGAUAAACAUUAUUAUGCAUUCUGAAUUGGAUGCAUAUUCCUAACUACUGUAUUUGUUAUCAAAAGUGGUUCUACAAAUGCUACUGAAAAAUAUCUGGAAAUUCCUAAUGUCCUGAGUAUUAAUAAUAAAGUUUAAAAAUGCUUUUAUAUCAAA